CACGCUUUUUAUAAGUUUGUCCUACAGUUCUGUACCUACUUAAUUCAUAAUUUUUAACCCCCGACACAAAAAUAGCUGUGUUAUAAGUUUGACCGCUAUGUGUUAAGCCCGUUACAGACGGAGCGAUCGAUAAUUAAAUAGAUAUUAAUAUACCGAAAUAUAUCUUAUAGCAUAGCUAAGCACCACACACGAUAACGAUACCAAAAUAUAUCGUAAUAUACCGAGCUAUAAUUCUAUAGCAAGGUAUCUUAACCCUCGUCGUAUGCUGUCAACAUUUGCUACAAUGAAUAACCUUGAUAUUGUAAAUUACAGGGGAAUUGUCUGUGACGUAUACGGGACAAGGCAUACGAAAGGCUAAGAUGCCUUGCUAUAAGAUAUCUUUUGGUAUAUUAUCGCUCCAUCUGUGAUAGGCUUUAGUCCAACUAAUAGAUACCAUUUUAUUCUGGCAAUCAAAUUAAUUUCAGAAAAAUAUACACCUGUAACUUACACCGGCAUAGUUUAAUGAUAUCAAUUUAAGCGGAAUUAUUAACAUUAUCAUACAGCCUUUUAUCGCCCACUGCAGCAUAGGAAUCUCCGAGUAUGCCACUUAUCCCGGUCCUGAGCAAAUCUCACCCAGAAGUUACCUAUUUUUAACAUAAUUAUGGCAAACUGCAAAGUAAUCAUGAUAGAUAGUGGGAUAGAAAAAAUAAUAAACGUGUACGGAGAAGGUGUCGACGGGCUCACGCCAAUUUUAACUUCACCGAUCAACUCUGUAGACUCUUCACCAAGUUCAACAUUUUCAAGGUCGGAAGAAUUAAACACCAAAUGCCAGGACUUAAUUUCUCUGCUCGAUAGUACACAAGAGGGCAAACUGCUUCUUACACAGCAUCCAAACCCUUUGGGAGAUCAACUACGAAGAAGUUUAACCAGGGAGAUUGCGACAGAAAUAGUGAAACUUGAUCCGAAGGCACCAAUAACAAGUAACAUAUACUUGCAUUGGAUUCGCGAAAUUAAACGAGUAUUCCCGGCAGAAAAUACAUCUAUUUAUUACACUAAAGGACCUCAAGUGUUUGGGCGAGCCCAUGGUCGGCUGUUUGACGCAGUGACUAAUCUGAAGGCUAAGUAUCGCCGAAAUAAAAUAUACCAGCCAAGGGCGCGUCGUUCUAUAGAAAAAACGUUUACUCCAACAACAGCAUCAGUGGAGCACGCUACAACUAACAAAAGGACAGCACCGGUUAGAGAGGGCCCCGAGACCACCUCUGACAGUCAAGCGGACCUAGAUUCAGAGAACACCGAAAUAGAAGAAUGCUUCGAGUGGCUCCGUUCGACUGCAGACAAUUAUACACUUUGUAAUGAAAAGUGGGCUCCCAUUAAGUCAAAAUUUUGCAUGAAAAAUUCGGUUGGCUCCCUUUCCUAAAUCAAUCAGUGAGUCAAAAGGAACAACUCUGCAAAAGGAAAUUCCAUCAUCAUCAUUUGCCGUAAAUCACACUUUAUUGUCGUGAGCGCCACGGACUAGUAGUCGAAGGCCAGGAAUUAUUACUGCAUGGCAAAGUACCCUUGCUAGCAGGCGUAAUGGUGAUUGCAAUGGAUUUAGUUGUAGGUAUCAUUAUUAAAAAAUGAUUAUUUUGUAACACUCGUGUUUAUUUGGAUUGGAUUUAUGUAGGUACUUACAUGGAUUUAGUUCUAUCAAAGUAUCGAUGAAUAAUGUUUACUUUGUAACAUCCUUGUUUAUUGUAUGUAAUUUGAUGUGAGUUCCAUCAAUAAAUAUGAUUUUU